GGUGGUUGGGCAUGGGCAUGGCGGAUUGCUCUUCUUGUUGCACAGUAAGGCGUGUUCAAUAAAUCUUUUACUCGGCAAGCAAACUGCAGACAAUUGGUUCCAAAGUUCAAGGGUAAAAUAUCCAGGAGCACAGCGCUCGGGGAAGAACCAGAAGAGGACAAGUAAAAGAGAAGUGUCAAGGAAUAAACACAGCCGAGACAAAAUAUGGCCGAGAGCACGAGUCCAAAAAGCAGCUCUGGUGACUUUGCGAAGAAAGUCCAAAGACAGCUGAGCAGAAGCAAAGAAAAGGUGCUGCAAAGACUGGGGAAGACCGUGGAGAGCAGAGACGAUCAAUUUGAACAAUAUCUCCACCAGUUUACUGACCAGCAGACUGAUGGGAACCGAAUAUACAAAGACCUGAGGAACUACAUCAAUGCAGUUCGAGACAUGCGUGAAGCUUCAAGACGCCUUUCCCAGUCUGCAUUUGAUGCUUAUGAGACUGACUGGGCUGGAGAGGAAGAUUUAGGAGCCAUUGUGGAGGGGGAGGACCUCCUGUGGAAUGACUUCGAGGUGAAGCUAUUAGACCAGGCCGUACGCACCAUGGAGUCCUACGUGAGCCAAUUCCCAGAUGUCAGGGAGAAAGUAGCCAAGAGGGGAAGAAAACUGGUGGACUAUGACUCUUCCCUUCACCACCUGGAGGCACUGCAGACUGCUAAAAAGAGGGAUGAUGUCAAGAUAAGCAAGGCAGAAGAAGAAAUGAAUGCUGCCAAAAGUGUCUAUGAAUGCAUCAACAAUGAGUUAAAAGAAGAGCUGCCUGUGCUCUUUGAAAGCCGUGUUGGGUGCUAUGUGACGGUCUUCUCAGCUGUAUCUAGUUUACGAGACAUCUUCUAUAAGGAAAUGAGCACGCUUAACGUUGAUCUACAGAAUGUGGUAAAGGAGCUGCAGGCUCAGCAUCCGGACAAACAGUUUGCUUUGAAGGGAAUGCAACGCUAUGGCUCCCUCAAGAGAAGAUCUCUGAUGUCUCCUAAGGCCUGGAAAUCCAGCUUCUCUGAGUUCCACAGGAGCUAUAGUCCUAAACCUGGUCCUAGGUUUAGUUUCAAGUCCCCAGAGAAGCCUCGCCACAGCACCCUGUCCAGAGAGAGCAGCACCCUCAGAACCUCCUCACAAUCAUCUCUUCUGGAGAGCCCCACCUCUGAGUCCAGGGACCUGGAUGCGGGAUCGAGCCACAGUGAGACCCACGGUACUCCUGCACAAGAAGAAGCUGCAGCUGAAAAUGAGCUGAAGUCGGGAGAAGACAGUAACGAGACGGAAGAGGAGAAGGGUGUGAAAGAAGAGGAGUCUGAGCCUCCUGCAGAAUCUGAUAAUAAGGCAGACAGUGAGAAAGCACCACCCAGUGAGAGCAGUUCUGAACUGAACAACUCCUGUGAUUCAGUGAGCUUGGAUCUUCAGCUGUCUGCAGCAGACAACGGCCCACUGCACAUUGAAGAGGCAGACGACAGCCCGGUAGAGCUCGACACUCCUAAACCAAACGGACUGGAGAAUGGUGAAGUUGCUGCGUUAAACUCUGACACUAAGGACCUGAGCAUUCCUCACAAGGAUGCUCCUGCAGAAAAACAGGACUCAAAAACCACAGAGGUUUAAAGUAUUCACACUUCAGAGAAGCUCGGAGGAGAUUGAAGUCAACAGCUGCACAAAAGAGAAAAAAAUGUCAGACAGCCACACUGAAGGGUCCAACUGUGGUGUCAGGAAUGCUGGACUGCAUUAAAUGUUGGCGUUCUUUUAAAGAAUAUAUUUUAUUGAAAUCAGUUGCACAUACACUACACAGUAUGGGUAAAGCCAUGUUUCAUCUUUAGUAUUCUUUCAAAUCAGAUUUAUGUAUCUAAUGUUAGAAAACAUAUAUUCACUAAUAGGUUUACAUUGUUCAAAAACUUUCUUAUGGACUAAAGUAUGGUGUGAACUUCAUUUCACAUUUAAGUUUGAAUGAGAUGCAAGUAUGUUUGAUCUUUUUCACUCAUAAAACUUUAAUUAUGCUAAAUAGCUGUGCACUUUGAAGAUAAAUCUCUAUGUAGGUGGGGUUUUUUAAUCACAGUUUUACUAAUUGGUUAAAUGUGGAUAUAAAGAUAUAUGGAAAUGAUUAUGAAGUGUGUACACAAUAAAUCCUUCUAUCCUGUUUAAUUUAAUUUAAAAUGAGGUGUCAACAGCUGUGGAUUCUUCUCUGCCAAUGGAGGUUUUAAAAUGAUAGGGACAAAAACAACGAGCUCUCACUCAGCACACAUUUCUCAGCAAAGGUCACUGUGAACCCAACAUAACUUACAUUAAUGGAAAAGCUUAGAGUUACAGCUUCCUCUGAGAGUCAUUAAUCUAAAACAGUGUUUCAUAAUCAGAAUCAGAAAUACUUUAUUGAUCCCUGGGGGGAAAU